CCCAACAGCCCUCGGGGAGCACAACGGCAGCGCCUGCCGUAACGCCGCCCUCGUAGGCUGGCUCGGCCUUUGUGGAAAACGGGCACAGCCCGGCGGUUUCGCUCAUCUAGCGUUUUCCGGCCGCUGGGAUCAAAGCCGUGCCGUGCCGAGGUGGCGGAGCAUCACCAGGUGGCCGAAGGAAUUGAUCAGGACGGUGUUUGACCCUGAUUCCGGGGAUCGCUGGUGCAUCAGGCGGAGCAUCUCUGUCCCAGCACAGGAGGGAGCCAUGGUGUGCAUUCCCUGCAUUGUGAUUCCCAUUCUGCUCUGGGUCUACAAGAAGUUCUUGGAGCCCUACCUCUACCCCGUGAUCGCGCCCUUCAUCAAGCGCCUCUGGCCCAAAAAGGCUGUGCAGGACUCACCAGACGCCAAGCAGGGCUCAGAAGACAGCGCUGGGAAUGCUCAGGGACCUGAAGCCGCCAAAAGAGACCAGGAGGAUGGAUCUGGAAACCACAAAUCUGAAAGCAAUGGCAUUGCAAAUGGAAGUGCUUCAAAGAGAUCCACAGCUGUUUAUGACAAGAAAACAGCUUAAAGGAGUUAAUUCCUACAGAUUUUAUUCCCUCAUGUCCAGUAUGAACUGCUGAUAUUCCUCUCACUUUGAGACAUUUUUCUUUGCACAUUUUAGCUGAAUAAAAAACUUUAUUGCUUGCAGGAGAGAGUUUCUUUUGCCACUAAAAUGGCUGGCUCAUUUGUUUAUUUAAAAUAUUCUCGCUGAAACUACUUUUCAUCUACCAUCUGUUUGGUGUGAUUAGAGUUUAGGUUAAAUAACAUAAAAAUAAAUCUAUUUAUGGAAGGUAAAUGUAUUUUAGCAUCUUGAUGUCACUAAGUGCUGGUGCAAUAAUUGAGGCUUUCUCGUAAAGGCUUUAUCUGUUCUUGGUGAAGAACUGUGGACUGCGUUGUGACAACAAAAGCUCAUGAUUUUUCUAUGAAGAAUUUAGAUUUUCAUGUCAAAUCUAUAGAUGAGCUAAAGGAGUAAUGCUACUUACAGAAUUUACUUAGAUUACUAAAAGCAGAAAGUCUUGAUGUGAUACUUCCCUUGAUUAUUUUCCUUGAAAUAUUAUGCCUUUUUUCCUGAAGAAGAGUAGCAGAGGCAUGAUGCGAGAGGAUGUUGCUUUAUGUUCUGUUGUAGUAAUUUAAAAUGGUGCAGUUCUGGCUUUAAAAACAAAAACAAAAAAAACCCCAAUGUCCAAAUAAAACUUCUUUACCAUGCUUGUGGAAUUUUGGUUAUAAUAAACCCAGAUUUUACUUAAAAG